GAGAGCGAGAGAGGUGAUAAAAACAACAAAAUCGAGCAAAGUGCACUUGAAGCGAGACGAGUUUAUCUAAGAUUCGCAACAUGACUGGGCGCCUGUGGAGCUGGAAGCGCAACGUGCUGCUUAUCUUGGCCAUGAUUACCCUGGCAUUGGCCUCGCCUGCGCCAAGUCGACAGUACAGCUGCAUGAGCUACAAGGAGAACGACAAUAGCCAGCACGACGAUGACUAUGAGCAGGAGAACAGUGAAGGCAUCAGCACGGAGCAGCAGCAGCAGUACCUGGAGACGAGUACGACGGCCAGCGUGCCGCACACACGCAGCUGCACGGAGGGUUAUACCUUCUGUUUCACCCUGUGGAAUCAGACAUCAAACGGCACCCGAUUGGUUAAGCAGGGCUGCUGGAAGGACACAACGGAUCGCAAUUCGAUUUGCAGUCAGUCGGAGUGCACCAGCUCAGCGCCCACGUCACGCAACAACAGCCUGUACUAUUGCUGCUGCUCGGGGGAACUGUGCAAUGCCCAGGUGGCCAUUGUAGAGCCGGCGCCACUGGAGCUGGCCAACAAUGUCCAAUCGGCGGUGUCCAAUCGAGCUGCAUCCCAUCAGCAAAAUUCCGUCAGGGCCACAACGUUGCUCAGCUGUGUUGGACUCCUAACGCUCAUCAUCAUUGGCAUGCUGUUGGCGAUGCAAUAUUGCCGUGGGGUGAAGGAGAAGAGCGAGCCAGAAGAGUCGCCGCUAGCACCCUCGGGACCCGGCUACAGUUCAAAUCUGCGCAAUGUAGAUAAUAUGAAUUUGAUCGGCAUGCUGGGCAGCGGCAAGUAUGGCACUGUGAUGAAGGGCCUGCUGCAUGAACAGGAAGUAGCUGUCAAGAUAUAUCCAGAAGCCCAUCAUCAGUAUUAUGUGAACGAAAGGAACAUCUAUGCAUUGCCACUGAUGGAUUGUCCGGCUCUGCUUAGCUACUUUGGCUACGAUGAACGCCGCACCAUGGAUGGUCGCAUGGAGUAUCAGUUGGUUUUAUCACUGGCACCGUUGGGCUGCCUUCAGGAUUGGCUUAUUGCCAAUAGCACAGACUUUGCCCAGUGUUGUGGCAUGUUGCGUUCCAUUACGCGUGGCCUAUCCCAUUUGCACACGGAGCUACGCCUGGGUGAGCUGCACAAGCCCUGCGUGGCCCAUCGGGAUCUCAACUCGCGCAAUGUUCUGGUGCAGGCAGAUCUCAGCUGCUGCAUAGCGGACUUUGGAUUUGCACUGAAGGUAUUCGGUUCAAAGUAUGAGUACAAGGGUGAGGUGGCCAUGGCCGAGACCAAGAGCAUCAAUGAGGUGGGCACGCUGCGUUACAUGGCGCCGGAGCUGCUCGAGGGUGCAGUCAAUUUGCGGGACUGUGAGACAUCGCUUAAACAAAUGGAUGUGUACGCACUAGGCCUAGUGCUGUGGGAGGUGGCCACACGCUGCUCCGAAUUCUAUGCGCCUGGCCAGCUGACGCCGCCUUAUAAGGCGCCCUACGAACAGGAAGUGGGUCCGCAUCCCAGUUUCGACCAGAUGCAGGCAUUGGUGGUGCGUCACAAGGCGCGUCCGCUGUUCCCAGCGGGCUGGGGCGGUGGCGCAGCCGCCAAGCUUGUGCGCGAUACCUGCGAGGAUUGUUGGGACCACGAUGCAGAUGCCAGGCUAACAUCGCUUUGUGCCGAAGAGCGCAUGCAGGAGAUGUCUAGUCUGCGUCCACGGCUGCAGGCACAGCCGGCUAGUCCGCUGCUUAAUACCAACAACCUGGCGUUGCCUACGGCCCAGCUACCUGUUAGCUCAAUCAGCAACACCACAACCACUGCGGCUGCAGUGCAUCAGGCACAGACGCAGCUUACGUCAGCCGACGGUGGUUUGCUGCAACCGCCACCGAAUCAACAGUUUCCCACAGAAAAGAACCACUUAAACUAUGCACAGCCCCAGCUGCAGCCCCAUCUGCAGGGCCGCAAUCCCUGCCAGGAGCGCAAUCUGGCGCCGCAGCCGUUGCGUACGCCGCCUGUGCUGGUGGAGCGCAGUAAAAAGCACAGCUUCCAGCCGCAGCAGGAGCAGAGUCUGUCUUGCCUGGAGCAUGAUGUGAGCGUGGAAGAGCUCAUUGCCAGCCAUCAGCAAAAGCAGAACUCCAGCUUGGGUCAGGGCUUUCCCAAACAACAAAACACGGAUCAUAUGCUGCGCGGCUGGCAUGGCGUGCGCGCCUUGAUUCACAAGAAACUCUUCCGCAAGGAGCACGCCGAGGAGCUGUGCCGGCAGCUGCAAUUGGGCGAAGAGAAGUCAAAUCUUGUGGCUGCGCUGAAGGGCAUGGACAAUGCACAUUUGGCAAGCGGACUGAGGCGACCCAACAACCUUGACUUGAGUCCCUUGCCGCCACUGGACAGAGCCAAUCUGCUGCAGCUGCGCAGCGCGGAGCAGCGUACUGGCACCCCAGCUCACAUUGUGCCCCGCUCGCUGUCCAGCAGCCUCAUCAAACACAUUAACAGCAACGGCAACAACAACAACAACAUAAACGAGAACGAGCUGCACACAUUGUCUGGCUCCCGAGCACCAAAGCGGCGUCCUGGACAUCUGCGCACAAAUUCGCUGCUGGUGACCAGCAACAGUGGCAGCAAUAUGCCGCCGCCCACGGAGCAGCAGUUGCGCCGCCAGCACAGUCUAGAAGUCUUUCGUGAGGUAUUUAGUGGGCGUGGCAGCAGCGAACGACUGCGCGAUCCCAGCGAGCGGGUGAAAACGCCCGGCGAUGUGCCGGCAUCGGUGCGCAAGGCGCGCGCCUCAAAAACCCUGAGUCUGUACGAUGAUCGCAUGAUGGACUCAUCGCUGCUGAAUAUACUCUAGCAUGAGGAGGUUCUGCUGCUGGAGCUAUAAAGCAUGGCGGCAGAACUGUGCAGUUAACUCAUAUCUCAACCUUCAACAGACACAGAACAUGCAACAUAUUCAACGAUAGCCAUACGAGUAGUUGGUAGGACCCUCGACCUGAUACUGAAAUCUAAUCUUGAGAAAACGUAUAUAUA